CGAGCCUGCUGAUUAAAGACGCCGCUGUCAGAGCCGAGGCCUAAAGCCGCCAGCGCCAGCCCGUGGACAAGACAUCUCCAGUAGCUCUUGCUCCCACAGGUAUGUUUGUGGACACGUGAUUGUAACUAGGGUUACCACUGGACUGGAGCUUUAACCGGCAAACUUCCAUCAGUUUGGGACUACUGCACAAAGCCCACUCCAAUUUUUAUACAUGAUCACUCUGACAGAGCUUGCCACUCUCUCGGAGAGUCAGCCCACUCAUCGACUCCUCAAACCCUGGUGGGAUGUUCUGAUGGACUACUUUGUGGUGAUUAUGUUGAUGGUGUCCCUCUUGUCGGCCACCUUGCUCAUUUCCAACGACAAAGUUGCGUGUUUACCUUGCAACAACGUGCACAGUCUGAACACCUCGUCGAGGUGCAACCCACCUAAAACACCAUCACUGCCUCGCAAGCUGGAAUCCUCCACAGAGAGGGCGCAUGUCGACCAAAGCAGUCCCAGUUCCUCAGGAAGAGCUGGAGAAUCUUUGGGUGACAACCAAGUCAAACCAUCAUCUCCAACUCAGGAACGAAGAGUAGGAGGUCAUAAAACAAACUUGGAUUACCAGCAGUAUGUUUACAUCAGUCAGGUUUGUUACCAAAAGGCCUUGCCGUGGUAUUCCAAGUACUUUCCUUACGUGGCCCUGGUCCACUCCAUUAUCCUGAUGGUCAGUGGGAAUUUCUGGUUCAAGUUCCCAAAAACAUCCUCCAAGGUGGAACAUUUUGUCUCCAUUCUGGGCAAGUGUUUUGAGUCGCCUUGGACCACCAAAGCAGUUUCUGAAACCGCCAACGAAGACUCUGAAAACAGCCAGCAUCGGACUAAAAUGUUCAAGUCGGUGACCCUGGAGCCCAAUGAGAACUCUGAUACCUGCUCCUCACUCACCUCCUGCCCCGAAGUGACCUUUGAGCCACCUGUCACCGGCUCGCCGUCGAUGAACAUCCUGGAUAAGCAGGAUGGCGAGCAGGCCAAGGCUCUCUUUGAGAAGGUCCGCAGGUUCCGUGCCCACACCGAGGAUGGCGACCUGAUCUACAAGUUCUACGUUGGUCAGGCAGUUGUAAAGGCUGUAAAAUUCAUGAUCAUCCUGAGCUACACAUUUACCUUUGUCAACUCCAUCACUUUCGAACACAUCUGCAAGCCCAAGAUCAAAAAUGUGACUGGCUAUGCUGUUUUCCUCUGCACUCAUAGUAUGGCACACAUGCUGCAGAAGCUCCUCAUCACAUACAUUGUUCUCAUUGUGCUCUACGGAUUGGUGUGUCUCUACACACUGUUCUGGCUGUUCCGAGGCUCUCUGAAAGAAUAUUCCUUUGAGAAGGUUCGCGAGGAGAGCAACUUCAGUGACAUUCCCGAUGUGAAGAACGACUUUGCCUUUUUAUUGCACAUGGUGGACCAAUAUGACCAGCUCUACUCCAAGAGGUUUGCCAUUUUCCUGUCCGAAGGUUGCGAGAACAAACUGCUGGAGAUGAACCUGAACCACGAGUGGACCUACGAGAAGCUGAGGCAGCACGUGUCCAAAAACAGCCAAGGGAAGCUCGAACUGCAGCUCUUCAUGUUGUCUGGAAUCCCAAAGGCCGUCUUUGACAUGAGCGACCUGGAGGUGCUGAAGCUGGAGCUGGUUCCUGAUGUCAAGCUGCCGGCUAAAAUGUCCCAGAUGGCAGCUCUGAAGGAACUCUAUCUUUACCAUUGCCCUGCAAAGGUCGAUCAGAUUGCCUUCAACUUCCUCAGAGAUCACCUUCACAUCUUGCAUGUCAAAUUCACCGAUAUUGGCGAGAUCCCUCUGUGGGUGUACUCACUCAAAAACUUGGUGGAGUUGCACCUUUCUGGCAAUUUGAAUUCCGAAACCAACAAGGCCAUUGGACUGGAGUCCCUGAAGGAGCUCAGGCAUCUCAAAAUACUUAUCCUGAAGAGCAAUCUCUCGAAAAUCCCCUCCAAUGUCAUGGAACUUGCCACUCACUUGUCCAGGUUGGUCAUUCAGAAUGACGGCACAAAGUUACUGGUGCUCAAUAAUCUGAAGAAGUUAGCCAUGCUCUCCGAGCUGGAGCUGCAGAACUGUGAGCUUGAGAGAAUCCCACAUGCAAUAUUCAGCCUUGCAAACCUACAGAAAAUAGACCUGAAGUCCAACAACAUUCAAACCAUUGAGGAGAUUGUCAGUUUCCAGCACCUCAAGAGGCUGUCAUGCCUCAAACUUUGGCACAACUCCAUUCUUUCCAUCCCAACAACCAUCAGUCUUAUCAAAAACCUGGAGCAGCUUUUCCUGAACAACAACAAACUGGAGUCCUUGCCCAGUGCUUUGUUCACCCUUAGAAAGCUGAGGCACUUGGACUUAAGCCACAAUCUGCUCACAAUUGUCCCGCCAGACUUUCAGUUACUCCAGAACCUGCAGCAUUUCUCCAUCACCAAAAACAAGGUGGAGACCCUGUCUAUUCAACUCUUCCAGUGCCUAAAGCUGAAGACUUUACAUCUGGGGCAAAACUGCAUCACUUGCAUCCCCCCUGAGAUUGGACAGUUGACACAACUCACUUACCUGGAGCUGAAAGGGAACCACUUGGAGAGACUUCCCGCUGAGAUUGGCCACUGCUUAUUACUGAAGAAGACAAAUCUCAUUGUUGAGGAUAUCUUGUUUGAUCGUCUCCCCCCGGAUGUGAAAGAUAAUCUCGCUGAACAAGACUUUAUAUCUGUUGUUUAAUUUGUCUCCCCGUCCUUGUUGUGGGGGAAUUUCUAUCCUUGAAUCAAUUACCAAGUAGAAGAUUUUGUAACUUGUUUAAAAUUCACUAGAAAGAGUGUCCCAGAGUAAAAAGCUCCGCUGGUUUGGAAAAGAAACCUUGCAAAUUCCAGGGACCAAAAUAUAUUACAGAUGCUGGAAAUCUGAAAUAAAACGCUGGAAAUAGACUGGAACCCUGCAGGGUCAUUGACAUUGUUUCUCUCUCCUCAGUUGCUCUCUGAUCUGAUAUGUCCUUUUGACAUUUUUUGGGUUAUUAUUCAUUCUGUUAUUUAAAUGUUUCAAAGCUAAAACUUUGUAAAGGCCAGUGGUUUAUGUGCAACACGAAGUAUCAACUGUGAGGUCUGGGGUGAUGUAUAGUAUCGGUACAGGGCCAACAGUCUGCGUCUUUGAUCUCAAGAAGCACAUAUCUGUGGGAAG